UACACUUUACCCUCUAUGGUUGGUGCUCGGUGAAGCUACUAAUACUAAAUUACUAAUGAGUAAUUACUUGAUUUAUUGAUUUUCCUUAAGUUAAAAAUAAUAAUUAGUUGCUUUUUCCGCAUUAUGUGUUCAAUACUGGAGACGUUGAAUUAAAUUGUAUGACAAUUAAUGGCUACGGUGCGGUAUAAUAAAAAAAAAAAUUGGACAGUGUAACAAUCUAUUUCUAUAAACCGUUGUACUGAAAUACAUUAUUAAGGUAGAACCAAAAUGUCUCAUAAACCGACACCAUAUAGUCCAAACUUUCCAUCUAGUCAGGGUUAUGCUCCACCAGUGGAAGAAGGAAAAUCAAAUGAGAGCUACCCUAUGAAUCCACAAGUUGGCUAUCCUGGACCACCACCUUCGCUACCCCCAGGAGCUCAACCAUUACCAGGAAUGCAGCACGGAUUCCAGCCAGGUUUCCAGCCUGGCUUGCAACCAGGAUUUGUGCCUGGUUUUCAGCCAGGAUAUGCUCAACCACAUCCUGGAUAUCCACACCCACAGCCUGGUUAUCCUCAACCACAAUCUGGUUAUCAUCAACCACAAUCUGGGUAUCCUCAACCACAACCGGGAUAUCCACCUGCACCAAUUGUUCAACAACCUGGACCAGGCCAAGCUCCAGGUGGAUGGAUGACUAUACCGCAAGGACUCAGCAACUGCCCUCCUGGUUUGGAAUACCUGUCUUUGAUUGACCAAUUCCUUAUACAUCAAAAAGUGGAACUUCUGGAGGCGUUUAUUGGUUUUGAAACAAACAAUAAGUAUACAGUUAAAAAUGCGAUGGGACAAAAAAUAUAUUAUGCUGUUGAAGAUAAUGAUUGUUGCACAAGAAAUUGCUGUGGCCCAAUGCGGCCAUUUGAUAUGAAAAUCAUGGAUAACUUUCAGAAUGAGGUUAUCCAUCUAAAUCGCCCUUUGGCGUGCGAUUCUUGUUGGUGCCCGUGUUGGUUACAAAGCAUGGAAGUUACUUCCCCUCCUGGUACAGUCAUUGGAUCCAUAGAGCAAGAGUGGUCAAUCUUCAAGCCCUGCUACGUCAUAAAGAACGCCACAGGAGAAGUUGUGCUUAAAAUCAAAGGGCCAGUUUGUACGUUUUCUAUUUGCGGAGAUGUCAAAUUUAAUGUUUAUUCGAAAGAUGGUGAAACCAAAGUGGGGAAAAUAAUCAAACAGUGGUCGGGCUUGGCCCGUGAAGCCUUCACCGAUUCAGACUACUUCGGCAUCACGUUCCCAAUGGAUUUGGAUGUCAGGAUAAAGGCAGUUCUGCUGGGAGCAUGUUUUUUGAUUGACUUUAUGUUCUUCGAAAAGUCCGGUAAUCAAGAACUAGAUCGACCCGGUAUGCUGUAAGUUGAAUCCGUAGUUUUAAUGCGAUUACAGCAAUAGAAGUUUAUUUUGGCACACAAGCACAAGAACGAAGAAUAUUUUCUUAGUUCCUUGAAUUUAAGUGCCAAAAGAUCCUUCUUUGAUUGUAUUUUUAUAUUAAUACUUAAAUGUUAGCCGUAUAUACCACAAAGGCGUUCACGCCAUGCAAUUAUAUAAGGUCCUGUCUGUUCUCAUGUACUGUCCUAACCGCACCCAUUGCUUAAAAUCAAAAUAUAAAUAGUUCAAGUAACGUACACUUAGUCAAUACGCAGUUUUUCUUUCUCUAUCUAUAACUAUGUGAACUAACCAGAAUCAAGUCGAUCUCUUAUAAAAAGUAAAGCAAAAAUUACGGAAGAUGUGAAUGGUUGAUCUUUGAAUUCAACAGUUAUUCGUAGAUUAGAAUGAAACUCAUUUGUCACAGUGUAAAUACAUUUUGGAUGAGACUUAUUUUUUUAUGAAUAAGUCGCUAUUUACUUAUCUCUAAAACUGAAAAAAUGCCUAAAUAUAUUUAACUAUAAGUGGACUUAAACCCUAAUAAAAAUUUAACAAAUAUGCAAAUAGUCAGUAAGAAAAAAAACCGUGAAGCCAGAAGGCUCGCAAAUGCGUUGACGGCCUAAAUUUCCAGUAACAAAAAUAAAAUCACAGUUACAAUUGUUUCAAGUUAACUGAUUGUACCAAAUUUAAACGUCAACAUACAAAAAUAUACGUGAAUAUUUUCCUGUUAAUUCAAUAAUACGCAUAUAAGCAAUAAAAUGUGUUUACGAUUUUAUUUGCUCAUGUAUAUAUUAUUUUCUGUUAUAAAUUAGUAAAGGCGUAGUAGAAAACUUGUUGCCUAGUUCAGAAAAUAAACGUAUAACAAUCAACUACUAUGAAGAGUUAGGACAUUAGCAAAUGGAAACACUUGGACAUUUGCCCAAUGUCCAAGUGAAACUACAAUCAAUGUCCUGAAACCUUGAGUUCAAGAUUAAAAAGCAUAGCCGUAAUAAACCAAACUGCUAAACACUGAAAGUAAAUGUCAAAUCAACUUGACACAACUUUGACUUGUGAUUAUAUGAUACUAUGUUUAUCAUAUAAUCACAAGUCAAACAAAACUAUAUUAUGCGCCUUUCCAUUUGAAUAACAUUAAAUUAAGUGACUGAAGUAAGUGUGUGCAAGCACUUUUAAAAAUACAUUUAAUAAACCGCCUCCGUACCUUGGGUAACAUGAGAUCGGAGGUUCGAAACACGAAAAUAAAUAUCAAAGAUAUUGAAAUGGAACUUGCAAAAAUAUAUUUAAGAACUUGAUAUACAAGUAAAAGAAAUUGAAGUAAAUGUGUAAAGAAUAUAAUAAGUCGGUUAUUUUAAGCCUAUAGCGUAUUCUUUUAAAUAAACGAAAAAUUAGUACUUUAAAAACGGAUAGGCUUGGUCCAAAACUGCCUAAAUGUUUAAAUCACCUAAAUCGUCAUCAUCGUCAUCGUCAUAUGUUCCGUCGAUACAUGUCAGUAGUCCAUUAUAUUUGCACAUGCCAAUUAC